AUGGCGAAUCUAUAUCUUGUUCAAGCUCUUUACUGUGCGAAGCCAAGCGUGCCGACCCGUGGUAGCAUAGACAAUGGGACGCGCAGAGAUCAUGCAGGCCAAACGAAGCCUGCAGAGCAAACAAUUAAAAACGAGUUGCCCGGCGAGAGCUCAAUGACUUCAUGCGCGCCAGUACGUGCCCUUUCGCUCAUCGAGAAGCUCUACGGCGAGAAUGUUCCGUCAAUCGGUGGUAACAGCAGCCAAGGCGAUGUAGCGCAGGUCAAGGUCGAGUCACCUGUUGAUCGCUUAGCGGUUCCAUCCGCCUCUACACACAAAGCCCCUCCUCAGGACUAUACGUACGCAGAUGGUGCUGCACCAAGACUAUUGAGCAGUCAUGGAGUUCCUUCUGGACGAGCGAUGCUGAUGAGGUCAAAUCACGAUGUAGCGGAGAAGCGGGUCGACCGAACCAAGUCUUACAAACCAAAACAAUCGAAUGGCCUGCCGGUGAGCCUGCCAGGAGCGCAGACCAAACCAAAUGGAAAUCCGAUCGGUCAGACACUCCCCCCUGAUGCGCCUACCGACCCAUCCAGUCACCGUGUGGCUUUGAAGUUCCCCGCAGAGCGUUAUCUACCACCCUCAGGACCUUACUACGAUCAGUUCAGUCUGUCACAGAUUUUUGGUCCAGGUUUCUUCCACGAUUGUUGUUUCAGCUGUGUGCUACUCUAUUGUUCUACGAGUUGGUAUGGGGAUAGAAGAAUUCCAUGUCGCAUAAUUGGACGACCACUUCGUCAAGUUCGUCCCGCAAAGAACGAGUUUGCAGUUUUGUUGCAAAUGGGACUACUUCUGAAGCCUGAGCCCAAAACAAACGGCAUUGUCCCGAACAUGCUCCAUCCUAUCGUCCGGCAGUUCUACCACGACAAGCCUGCACCGAAACAACUCAACCAAAGGAUGACAACAUUGACACCAAGGUCUAACAUAGGAAGGGAACUGUCGGCACGAACCGAGACCCAGAACUCAUCGCAAAUAUCUUCACCAGCUCAAAGCUCUGCACGUUUGCCAAAGUCGGUUAGGUUCAGCCUCGAUCCCCAUCCACAAAACAGAAGUAAAAAAAACAUCAGCUCUAUCUCAGCGGAAACUCGUCCAACCGUCUUGGCGAAAACGACAAUAGUAUGCAUUACUCAGCCUGAUGUACUGCCGGCUGAGCGGGGAUCGAGCAAUGGUUACCGGGAUAUGGAUGAUCGGCUCCAGAAGCUAGAAGAAGAAGUUUUGGAACUCAAAAAGGAAAACAUCGCUAAGGAUAGGGAGAUCAGGAAGUUGAGAACAGAAAAUGAGCAGAUGCGUGGCGGUAACAACGGCUAUGAGAUGGGUACCAAGCGACAGCGAUUGUUGUGACUCGAGAGAUGAUUAGCUCGUAGAAGGCAUGCUGCCAUUGAAAGCAAACGUGUACGAUAGACGAAACAAUGCCAUCUUCGUUGUUGAUGGCG